AUAAAUCUGGUGAAAAAGAAGCCAACACCAUAUAUACACAUCUCUCUAUACAUAGGAACUAGUGAGGUUCAUUUUUUUUGAUAUCCUUCCUUUGAUUUUUCUUCAUUUUAUAUACAACCUUUGAAUUCGUUCCCUAAUCAAUUCUCACAUAUCCCACCAUAUAUGAUGAACAAGCUCAGAUUGGAAGGUAAAGUAGCCCUCAUCACUGGUGGUGCUAGCGGCAUUGGAGAAGCAACUGCUAAGCUAUUUAUCGAAAACGGAGCAAAUGUUGUCAUUGCGGAUAUUCAAGAUGAUUUGGCUAACCAAGUUAUCGCCUCAUGCGAAAUAUCUUCACAUCCAGGUAAGAUAUGCUAUUUUCCGUGUGACGUGAGGGACGAAAAGCAAGUAGAAGCCGCGGUAAGCCACGCCGUUACAAAAUACGGAACCAUCGAUAUACUUUUCAGCAACGCCGGGAUCAUGGGUCCAAUGACGACAUUUUUAGAUAUGGAUCUUGAUGCAUUUGAUAACACAAUAGCUGUUAAUGUCCGUGGCGUGGCUGCAACCAUCAAACACGUGGCUAGAUCCAUGGUUGCUAAAAAAACACGUGGUUCUAUUAUAUGUACAGCUAGUGUGGCUGCAUCGAUUGGAGGAGCUGGACCUCACGCUUACACGGCAUCCAAACACGCGAUAAUUGGGCUCAUGAGGACCGCGUGUUAUGAGCUAGGCGCUUAUGGGAUUAGAGUCAACUGUGUUUCUCCUUUUGGUGUUGGUACGCCGCUUAGCUGCACGGCUUUUAAUCUUGAGCCGAGCCAAGUGGAGCAAAAUUGCUGUGAAUCCGGGAAUUUAAAAGGGGUUGUGUUGAAGGCUAAGCAUGUCGCGGAGGCAACCCUGUUUCUUGCUUCGGAUGAAUCGGUGUAUGUGAGCGGACAGAAUUUAGGAGUGGAUGGAGGGUAUACGGUUGUGAGCCGUAGCUACUCGGUGACUUCAUCAAAUUGAUCUGGAUUUAUUGAAAUUUUUUGUAGUCCUAUUUUUUUUUUUUAAUGUAAUUUUUCUUUUA